AUGCCAACGGAAGACGGUAGCGCAGAUCUAGAACAUGGUUCUGAUCCUAACAACACCAUCGAUGGAAGAGCCUUUGUGGAGACUAUCCAAUGGGAUGAAGAUGACCCAGCACAUCCUUUCAAGAGAAGUUUGAUGACGAGAUGGCUGACUGUUAUUAUCGUAUCUCUCUGUUCACUUUGUGUUGCUUGCACAUCUUCCAUAUAUACUACGACCUACGACCAACUUUUAGAUGAGUUCCAGUGUUCACAAGAGGUUGCGACACUGGGAUUAUCACUCUUCGUCUUUGGCAUGGGGUUUGGUCCGUUGAUAUUAGGCCCUCUAUCCGAGCUGUACGGACGAAGAGUCAUAUUUUUAAGCUCCUUCACAUUCUUCCUUAUUUGGCUAGUACCAUGUGCUGUCGCGAGGAAUAUACAAACACUACUCAUUUCUCGGUUCUUCAAUGGCUUUGCAGGCAGUGCCUUCCUCAGCGUUGCUGGAGGUGCGGUUGGAGACAUGUUUCCUAGGCAUCAUCUGGCUGCUCCUAUGAUGAUAUAUACUGCAAGUCCUUUUGUUGGACCUGAGCUUGGGCCUCUUUUAGGAGGCUUUAUAAACCAAUAUGCAAAUUGGCGCUGGACGUUUUAUACCUUACUAUUCUGGGCCGCCGCGAUGCUAGUUGCGAUAUACUUAUUUGUGCCCGAAACCCAUCAUCCAGCACUUCUAACGAGAAAGGCACAAGAAAUCAGAAAACAGACUGGAAACCCAUGGCCGUUAGGACCAAGCGAGGAUAGCAACGUGCCUGUGAGCGAGCUCAUCCUCCGUUCUAUCGUCCGGCCAGUCAUGCUUCUGACGUUAGAGCCUAUGUGCCUGAAUCUGUGUAUAUACUCUGCACUUCUGCUGGGCAUACUUUAUCUCUUCUUCGGCGCAUUUCAAAUGGUUUUCCAGUCUGUGUAUGGAUUCGAGUUAUGGCAGCGAGGCCUCACAUUCCUGGGUCUUCUCGUCGGAAUGGUGUUGGCCAUUCUCUCCGACCCAUUUUGGCGUCGGAACUACCGGCGCCUCGAAAAAAAUCAUCAUAUACAAAAUCCAGAAGCCUCCGGGUUCGACCCAGAAUGGAGACUUCCUCCAGCUAUAGCAGGAGCACCAUUAGUAACAAUCGGGCUGUUCAUAUUUUCAUGGACAAUUUACCCAAGUAUUCACUGGAUAGUGCCAAUGAUCGGAAGUGCGCUUUUCGGAGCUGGGACAAUCCUCGUUUACUCUGGAAUUUUCACUUUCCUCGUCGAAGCCUACCCACGUUACGCUGCCAGCGCCUUAGCGGCAAACAGUUUUACCAGAUCGACCUUCGCAGGAGCUUUCCCUCUGUUCGGGACUCAGAUGUACAAUAAAUUAGGGCUACAUUGGGCUUCGUGUCUGCUCGCGUUUCUCACUCUGGCCAUGGUGCCGUUUCCGUCAGUUUCUCUGCUUUUCUAG